AAAGACAAGGCUAAAAUGUGUUUGUUUUUUUUUCUGUUGUUCCUCCCCCCUCUUGAAACGUUGCUUGGCGAAUUUCUACAUUCUACAGAGUUACCGGCUGAAGAAGGGAAAACCUUGCUGGAACUUGUGAUUGAGCAGUUUGAAGACUUACUAGUUAGAAUUUUAUUGCUGGCAGCAUGUAUAUCUUUUGUUUUGGCUUGGUUUGAAGAAGGUGAAGAAACAAUUACAGCCUUUGUAGAACCCUUUGUAAUUUUACUUAUAUUAGUAGCCAAUGCCAUUGUGGGUGUCUGGCAGGAAAGAAAUGCAGAAAAUGCAAUUGAAGCCCUUAAGGAGUAUGAGCCUGAAAUGGGUAAAGUGUAUAGACAGGACAGAAAGAGUGUACAACGGAUUAAAGCUAAAGACAUAGUUCCUGGUGAUAUUGUAGAAAUUGCUGUUGGUGACAAAGUUCCUGCUGAUAUAAGGUUAACUUCCAUCAAAUCUACUACUCUAAGAGUUGAUCAGUCGAUUCUCACAGGUGAAUCUGUCUCUGUCAUCAAGCACACUGACCCCGUCCCUGACCCACGGGCUGUCAACCAAGAUAAGAAGAACAUGCUCUUUUCUGGUACAAACAUUGCUGCUGGCAAAGCCAUGGGAGUGGUGGUGGCAACUGGAGUUUUCACUGAAAUUGGCAAGAUCCGGGAUGAAAUGGUGGCAACAGAACAGGAGAGAACACCCCUCCAGCAAAAACUAGAUGAGUUUGGGGAACAGCUUUCCAAAGUCAUCUCCCUUAUUUGCAUCGCAGUUUGGAUGAUAAACAUUGGGCACUUCAAUGACCCAGUUCACGGAGGCUCCUGGAUCAGAGGUGCUAUUUACUACUUUAAAAUUGCAGUGGCCCUGGCUGUAGCAGCCAUUCCUGAAGGCUUGCCUGCUGUCAUCACCACCUGCCUGGCCCUCGGAACUCGCAGAAUGGCAAAGAAAAAUGCCAUUGUUCGAAGCCUCCCUUCCGUGGAAACCCUUGGCUGUACUUCUGUGAUCUGCUCAGACAAGACUGGUACACUUACAACAAACCAGAUGUCAGUCUGCAGGAUGUUCAUUCUGGACAAAGUUGAAGGUGAUGCUUGUUCCCUGAAUGAAUUUACCAUAAGUGGAUCAACAUAUGCACCUGUUGGAGAAGUGUAUAAAGAUGAUAAACCAGUGAAAUGUCAUCAAUAUGAUGGUCUUGUAGAACUGGCAACAAUUUGUGCCCUUUGUAAUGACUCUGCUUUGGAUUACAAUGAGGCAAAGGGUGCGUAUGAAAAAGUUGGAGAAGCUACAGAGACUGCUCUCACUUGCCUGGUAGAGAAGAUGAAUGUAUUUGAUACUGAAUUGAAGGGUCUUUCUAAAGUAGAACGAGCGAAUGCCUGCAACUCGGUCAUUAAACAGUUGAUGAAAAAAGAAUUUACUCUAGAGUUUUCACGCGAUAGAAAAUCAAUGUCGGUUUAUUGUACACCAAACAAGCCAAGCCGGACGUCAAUGAGCAAAAUGUUCGUGAAGGGUGCUCCUGAAGGUGUCAUUGACAGGUGCACCCACAUUCGAGUUGGAAGUACAAAAGUGCCUAUGACCCCUGGAGUUAAGCAGAAGAUCAUGUCUGUCAUUCGGGAUUGGGGUAGUGGCAGCGACACACUGCGAUGCCUGGCUCUGGCCACUCAUGAUAACCCACUGAGAAGAGAAGAAAUGAAGCUUGAGGACUCUGCCAACUUUAUUAAAUAUGAGACCAAUUUGACUUUCGUUGGCUGUGUGGGAAUGCUGGACCCUCCGAGAAUUGAAGUGGCCUCUUCUGUGAAGCUGUGCCGGCAGGCAGGCAUCCGGGUCAUCAUGAUCACGGGGGACAACAAGGGCACCGCUGUGGCCAUCUGUCGUCGCAUUGGCAUCUUUACACAAGACGAGGAUGUGACGUUAAAGGCUUUUACAGGUCGGGAGUUUGACGAGCUCAGUCUGUCGCAACAGAGAGAUGCCUGCUUGAAUGCCCGCUGUUUCGCUCGAGUUGAGCCUUCCCACAAGUCUAAAAUCGUAGAAUUCCUUCAGUCUCUUGAUGAGAUUACAGCUAUGACUGGAGAUGGUGUGAAUGAUGCUCCUGCUCUGAAGAAAGCCGAGAUCGGCAUUGCCAUGGGCUCUGGCACCGCAGUGGCUAAAACUGCCUCCGAGAUGAUCCUGGCCGAUGACAACUUCUCCACCAUCGUGGCAGCUGUGGAGGAGGGGCGGGCAAUUUACAACAACAUGAAGCAGUUCAUCCGCUACCUCAUCUCAUCAAACGUGGGGGAAGUUGUCUGUAUUUUCCUGACAGCAGCCCUUGGAUUUCCUGAGGCUUUGAUUCCUGUCCAGCUCCUCUGGGUCAAUCUGGUGACAGAUGGCCUGCCUGCCACUGCAUUGGGGUUCAACCCUCCUGAUCUGGACAUCAUGAAUAAACCACCCCGGAACCCAAAGGAACCACUGAUCAGUGGGUGGCUCUUUUUCCGUUACCUGGCUAUUGGCUGUUAUGUUGGCGCUGCUACUGUGGGUGCUGCUGCAUGGUGGUUCGUUGCUGCUGACGGCGGUCCAAGAGUGUCCUUCUACCAGCUGAGUCAUUUCCUACAGUGUAAAGAGGACAACCCAGAUUUUGAAGGUGUGGAUUGUGCAAUCUUUGAAUCCCCGUACCCAAUGACAAUGGCACUCUCUGUUCUAGUAACCAUAGAGAUGUGUAACGCCCUCAACAGCUUGUCUGAAAACCAGUCCCUGCUGAGGAUGCCCCCUUGGGAGAACAUCUGGCUCGUGGGUUCCAUCUGCCUGUCCAUGUCGCUCCACUUCCUAAUCCUCUAUGUGGAACCCUUGCCACUUAUCUUCCAGAUCACACCACUGAAUUUGACCCAGUGGCUGAUGGUGCUGAAAAUGUCCUUGCCUGUGAUUCUAAUGGACGAGACACUUAAGUUUGUGGCCCGCAACUACCUGGAACCUGGUAAAGAGUGUGUGCAGCCUGCCACCAAACCCUGCUCAUUCUCAGCAUGCACCGAUGGGAUUUCCUGGCCAUUUGUGCUGUUCGCAAUGCCCCUGGUGAUCUGGGUGUAUAGCACAGACACUAACUUUAGUGAUAUGUUCUGGUCUUGACUGACAGUUUUACAUAAAGAAGAUGUUUAACUUAAUCAAUUAAUUUUUUUUAUUGUUUAAAGCAACUGUCUAUUUCUGCUGAAUUUUCACAUGAACAUAUUGGCUGGUGAAGGAGGUUUCAUACUCUAGAUUUUGUUUUGCUUUUUCUGACUCCAGUGGGGCAAGAUUUUCCUUUUUUAUACACAUAAUUAAAGUGUCCAUUGACAUGUACAGAGAACUAACACUAUUUUAUGCAAAUAUUUUUUUGUAGAUGACAAAGCAUGUACAGUGUUCUGUUUAAUACUCAUCCUUGUAUAAAAAAAAAAUGUUGAGCCAGCAGACAUUGUCAGCAAAUAAUUGGCAGCAGAUUUUAGGAAAUGAAUGUGUGUGGUUUUUUCUAAAAUGAUAUAGCAUGUAUUGUGUCUUUUGCAUGAUCAUCUGGAUUUAAUCUGAGAUCACAGUCUAAUUUUUAUUCAUAAGCCAAUUUUUCUGCACUGGGCAGAGUACUGCUACCUCGGUCAGUAUUUUUUGGUUUGCCACUCCCUCACCCCUCUUGGUUCACCUCCACCCCUCCCCACUCUUGGCCCUGAUCCCACACUGCUCGGCUGCUUCUCCUGUAGGAUUUCUUUCGAUGGUUCUGUUUACAUCAGCUUAACAAGAGGUAUGCCUGGUCUCGCUUGUGCAGAAAACAUUGUUCCAGAUUUGAUUGGGUUCAUGUCCCCUCACAUAGUUUUUAAGGUUAUUUAUUUAAAUGUCUAGUGUAUUUUAUUGUAACAGACAUUGUUUUGCCAACAUUGCCUAUUUCAGCGGCACUUCACAAUCUAGUUUAAAAAAUAAAACAUUUUAAAUGGACAGAAAAAUAACUGCCUUGUUUUUAACUCUUAAAUGGCCUAGCUUGAAUUAUCAACUUUCUCUUAAGUUCUUAGCUCAGACCUUUAGUUUUACUGUACUCACGGGGAAGAAGGAUCCUGUUCUGCUGCAUAGGUAGUUGUAAGAAUUUUAUUUUUUAAUGUAUAGGCACUGUCAUCUGUGAUUCAUUUUAUGCAAGUUUCUGCUGGCCUGGUGUAGAGAACAUAAGGGCAAAUGUGUGUAUGUAUAUGUGCGUGUAUGUGUUUUGUAAAAUCUGUAAAUAGCACAUGACCAAAUGAACAUAUUGUAUAGAACUAUUUUUAUUUGAAUGUGGCACUAACCACCACCACCGUACUAUGAUGCAUGUUCCAGAUCAGUCUUACCAACAGUGUAUAAGUCAUUAACAGUCCUAACUGUGGUGUUUUCCUCCAAUGCCUUCCAACAUCCAUCAACUAACGUGAGUAUUCCCUGGAAUUCAGAUGCUUUAACCUGAAGGUGACUGCUACCAAGUGAGCUAACCGUGUGACACUAGUGAAUAAGCCCCAUGUGUCAGGCACUGCUGUGCUCUGUGGCUGUCCCUGAGAGCAGGGGGCAUAUGUGUGCUACCUGUGCCAGCGGCCUCAGAUAGUGGCAUAGCCAGAUACUGGUUGGGGAGGGCCCGGAGGAAGAGAAGCCCAUUCUGAUUUGGUGAGACCGAGGCUUUGUGAGGGAGCUGUGCCUUUGCUAGUGCUGAGAGAAGGUUCACAAAAAAUCGUGAUUCUUUUGAUCUUUGUUAGCUGCAAGGACUCAUCCCGGAAGCUUGGUUCAUUAAAAAGCAAAAAGCUAGUGAAAGCAGUGAACUCACAUAUCCGUAGGUUCCUCUUAAAUAGACCACUUUUCUUCAUCUUCUGGGUCACAUCCUUUGCAGCCGAGACUUGUCUUCUCUCUGCAGGGUACAUUCAAGCACAGUUAUUAGGGCAGGGCUCUGCUUGGCAGCAGCCAACCAGCCUUAUCAGCCAGGGUGAAGGAGGCCUAGGAAGCACCUUGUGUUCAGUGGGUUGGCAGCUUCCUCCCUGUGAGGCCCUGAGUGUUCUCGUGAAGGUGUUUGGGCCCUGGUUGCUGGACCAGAAGAUGUGAUGCAAAGGCUGGCCGUUUAGGGGGAAAGUUAGCAGGUAUCAGGCAGGAUGAGGAGGUGCUGCUGCCAAAUCCAGAGGUCUGAGUGUCAGGAGGUCAAGUGCUUGGUGGAGACUGACUGAAUGCAGAGUCCUUUCUCAGAGAAAAGGGAGGUUGGUUUGCUUGGCAAAUAAUGUAGGGGGGUAGUUUUGCCCAUUUUAGCAUCAUGAGUGGUAAAAAGAAAAGGGCCGAGUGGAUCAAAUGCCAGGAGUAUGUCUUGGCUACAAACCAAAACAGGAUGUCUGAGUUCGUUGGGUGGUGUGUUAUUCAAUGGAAACCAAACUAACCAAACAGUCAACUUUCACUGACUCAGUUCCUUGAUUUAGUGGCCUUUACAAAAUAAGUUGAAUGCUGUGGGAGACAUGCACAGCCCCAGAUGGCCCUGGGCUGGUGUUGCCUGGUAGUUUCUCAGCUUCAGGCCUAUCCAGCCCACGGAGGUGGUUUGGGCACCCACUUCCUUCAACCCAGACAGCUGAGUCCCUGUGUCUGCUCCACAGCAGGCCUCCUCAGCAAUUGUAUUUCUGUGGGCACACCCAUGGCCUCAGAUUUCCAUCCUGCAGUGAGCGGCAGCCACCCAGUCCCCUCCUCACCGAACAGGAAGGCACUGCUUUUGCCGCCAUCAGUAACUGGAUGGGGCAGCAUCCUCCUCAGACCCACCAUGCAGGUGUUGCCAGGCAGCUCCUGCCUGAAACACUUUUCCUAUGGGCCUAUGGCCCAUCCCAUUAGAGUGUUCUGCUUUUUGCCACCCCAUGCUCACCUGGCCUUUCGGAUACAGCUUUGCCCAGAAGAUGACAAUCCCGUCCCUGGGGCACCACUCCAGCAGCUCAUUCUGCAUUUAAAAUACAGAUAAUACAUUCAUGUUCUAUCAGGAGAGCGUGAGCUCACAGACAAGCAAGGCAACUGCCAGUCUCCCUCACAAGCAGCUGCUACCACAUCACCCUCAAGCUGGGGCCUUGGGCCCCUGGAUGUCUGUGGUAGGCAUCCCUCAGCAGUAUGAGGCCGCAAGCGAUAGCGCAGUGUCUGCCAAGCACCUACCCACAGCCCAGAGCCUGCUGCAUCUACCGAGCUAAGUUGGCCAUUGCCUUUUAAUUUUAACCACCAAAUUAUGUCAAAACCACCGGGCCUCUUUCUUGGAAGGGAAUGGUGAUGAGCAGCUGAGGUACAGGAUUUUGUCCUGGGAACAGGCAGGGCUGGGCCUGCCCCUGGGGAAGGAUGGGGAGGAGGAAGCUAGAGGCUUGGCGCUGAGUGCCACACUGCUCACUUCUGCUUCAUAUCCCUGCACUGCUAACUGAAAACUGUCCUGCUCUUGCCCAUCUCACCCCUGUAACACCUGAAGCGAUUAAGCAUCUGCCUGGUGGGAUUCUCCUGUGAGCCAGGGAGCUUUGCUGUGUAGGCAGAUGACACCAAGGAUUUACAUUGCCAAGCCAGUGUUUCCAGAUGAUACCCUGUGUGGGCAGUGACUCAGGGACAGUGAUCAGAAACGCUGGUCUUAAAAUCUUAAAAAGAUCAAGCUGAAUAUUCUCUUUUCAUCUAUCACUAUUAAUCUUAGUCUUAAGUAGUUAUUCUAACAUUUCCUCCCCAUGUUUCAUAAAGCUGAUUUCCUCUUUCUUUCCUUUUCAGCAAUGCUGGAGUAACCGCUUCCUAAGCCAUUUUGCAGAAAUGUAAGGGUGUUCGGUUGCGUGCAUGUGUGUUUUUAGCAACACAUCUACCAGCCCUCUGCAUGAUUGAAGUUGGGAGGCAGGGGGAGAAAAGUAGGAAAAAGGCCCCCAACUCAUUGUGUGUUAUGUGGAGGAAAUGUGUAUUACCAAUGAGAUUUUUAGCUUUUAAAUCAAAGUAAUAAUUACAAAUGUACAAUUUAGCUUAAUGAAUCAGAAAGCCUCUCCAGAAAAUUUGUUUCUUUGCUACAAGAAGAAUGGGUUCUGAAACCUUAUCCAAGAACUUAGACACCAUCAGCCAAGUCUCCAUGCUUCUCUGUCCAAAAUGUCAUACCUUAUAUAAAUGUACGAUAUUCAAUAUUCAGUUGUAAUGCAUGCCUUCAGUUGUAAGUAGCCAGAUUUCUCUACAGUGUCAUUGAAACAUGCUACUUUUUAAUUGGCCCUGUACAGUUUUGCUUAUUUAUAAAUUUAUUGAGAACACUACAGGUGUUGAAUGGUUAAAAUGUAGGCCUCCAGUUCAUAACUUGUUAAAUUUUGAGUGUGCAAACAGCUUUUUUGCGCUGUAUUAAGUGUAACUUAUUUAAUGAAAUCAGAAGCAGUAGACAGAUGUUGGUGCAAUACAAAUAUCGUGAUGCAUUUAUCUUAAUAAAAUGCUAAAUGUCAAUUUAUCACAACGCAUGUUUGACUUUAGACUGUAAAUAGAGAUCAGUUUAUUUCUGUGCUGGUAACAAGCAUUGCACAGACAUGGUUUCAGGUAAAUAAAUCUAUCCUACAAGUUCA